CUCAACUCUCCAACAGCUCUUUCCUUCCUUUCCUUCCUUCCUCCCUCAGAGCUUCCCCUUCAAUUCGAACGCACACUGACACACACAAACCAGCCAUCAUGAUCAAGACCCUGAAUCCCUACUCCACGGCAAAAACGGCUGAGAUUAUGUCUCGGUACCGGCCGAUAGCUCCGAAGCCUGAGGUUCCGUCGACGGACCCAGGGAGCGAGAGCCCCUCCAUAUCUCAAAAGAUCAGGCAAUCUCCGUACCUUAGAAACCUCUGGCCGCAUUUGCAGGCCAGGCCUACCAGAACUAGAAAGCGAAGUAGGUCUGCUAUGUCACUACCCUCCAUCAAUAGAACAAGGACCCAUGUCCUUGGCUUUUCUUCUCCUUUUGGGUUCCCUCAACUGCCCACUCCGCACGAAGCAGCGGUUAGCAGCAGCUUGGAACAGCCGGCCACAGCUCCAGCUGGUUUGGUGACACUUCCUCUUCUUCCAUGUCCUAUAUCUGCCCCCGUCGCCGCCAACCAAGCAGCGGCACCGGAAGUUGUGAAAACUUGUGGAGAAGAAAAGGUUAUAGAUUUGAACAGUACUCUAGCUGAAAUUCCGGAGGAAAAGGAUCUGUUGCAGCAACUGCGAGCACCCACCGGCGGCAUUAAUGUUAUUGCCCCUCAGCCGAUCCGACCGGUUGGCUCCAGUAUAUGCGUUGGCUGCAUCAAUGAAGAACAAAGUUUGACCCCCGCGGUUCAAAUUCCUGCUAAGAAACCAGAAGAAGUCGAGGAGGAGAUGGAGUCGGAGGCCUUACCGGCGGUCAUAUCAGACUCGAACAACAAAGUUAGAAUGGCGAAUUCGGCUUACAAGGAGAUGGUGGGACAGCCGGAAUGUUCCUGGCUUGAUUCGAUGGUCGCCAGCUCGAGCAAAAGGAUCAAUGGGGAGGUGAUGCUUCAUCUUUCCGACUCAAGCGUGCCGGUUUCGUCUAACGGCUUUUCCUGUUGGGUGAGGAUAGAAUGGGGAAGUGGGGGGAAGAAAAGCUCAAUCAAUGCUUUCUGUGAUGUGAUCAGGUUAUCCUGCGAGUCCAAGAACUACCUCUUCACAUGGAGGUUCCACACCCAUACCAGAGUGGCAGAACAGUCUACUUGUAAUGUGUGAACAUUGUACUGUACAUAAGCGUGAUUACCACUAAAUGCAUCCCACCUAUAUAUAUAUAAGAAAUCAAGUACAGUUUUAUCA